CUCUGUGUUCGUGGGACUCAGGUGGAUGAUGAAUUUAUGAGUACACUGAUAUCUAUGCUUCAUUGCUUCUCAGAUUUGUGUGUCGUUCCUUCUCCUUUUUGCUAACGUGAUUGCGCUUUCUUCCACCUUUGCCUUCAUACCUUGUUUAGACGAUGAUUUGCACCAUUCCAUUUCGUCUGUGGACUACCUGUCAUGUUGUUUCGCACCUUCUAUGUUUAUCUAUUGAGUUGUUUCUCUAUAAAUGGUUCAGAUGUAGCUACCUUACUUCCCAUAUCUGUAAGACUAAGUUGGAUCGCUCCUUUCCUUUCUGCCAACUUUGUUCGCUAUUUUUUCCCUUUCUGUCGAAACUUUUGUCACUUCGACUCUCAAGGCCGCGAGCGAUGCGCAUGUUCCACCCAUCAAAAUGCAAAAUAAUGUUGAGCAGUAGCACGUCGGCCACAGAGAGCGACUAUCUAAUACCCCUCCCCUUGGACCUAGCUCUAUUUUCGAAAGUCAUCGUGCGUUUUUACAGUAGUGUCAGUGACAGGUUUAAUCUACCACCGAAUCGUUUUGCUGGAAGUCUAGAGGCAGUGGAAGCAAGGUAUUUAAGCGAGAGUGAUGAAGGAACCCUAGUUUCUUGCCCGUCUCUUCCAAGUGGACUUACAGAAUCGUCAGGAUACGAUUGUCUUCGUUGCUUCCAUUAGCGACGAGAGCGAAUAUAUGGAAAGGCAUUGCGAUAUGAGAUAAAAAUGUCUUCGAUAGAUCGUAGGAGGUAGUAGGUCCGAAUUCCGAUUUUGCUGGCAUGACUGGUUUGAUAUCAAGCUCGCUAUGGUGGGUGUUUGUUGACUCCAUCGUGCCUUCCUGUUUUGUCGACUGGAUCGUUGUUUGCUAUUCUCGUUGACUGCCUUGUUCCUUCCUUUAUAGCUGACAAUUUUUUCCAUCCAGUGUGUAUUUCUUCCCCCUCC